GGCACUCUGACGAGCGAUAGCGAUAACCGCAAGACGAAGAAGAGAGAAAAAAAUAAAUUUUUCGUGAAACUACGCUGUGCGUGCAUAAAAAAGUGAAAAAAUCGCUGAAACAAAGCUAAAGACAUAGAAAAAGUUGAAAAAGCUUGGAGCAAAGUGUAAAAAGAGCUAACGACAUUUGAAAAGACUUUUAAACAGUGAGUGAUUUGUGUAAAACCAGAAAAUUGUUAAGCUGUGGUAGUGACUAUAUGUCCAGGCCGCGUUCAUCUGUAAAAGCCGUGCAACACAGGCACGAGUCCAGCGAGGAGGAGGACGACGAAGACGAGCAGCGCUCUCCGCGUCGCAAUAUGCAUUCAUUCGGGGAUUCGGGCAUGGGCAGCGGUGUGCCCGCCUUUCUGGCCAAGCUGUGGCGCCUGGUGGAUGACACCGACACCAAUCAUUUGAUUUGUUGGACAAAGGAUGGGCACAGCUUUGUCAUAAAAAACCAGGCGCAGUUCGCGAGGGAACUGCUGCCCCUCAACUACAAGCACAACAACAUGGCCAGCUUCAUCAGGCAGCUGAAUAUGUAUGGAUUCCACAAGAUAACAUCGAUUGAGAAUGGCGGCUUGCGGUUUGAUCGCGACGAGAUCGAGUUCUCUCAUCCGUUCUUCAAGCGCAACUCCGCGUAUCUGCUGGACCAAAUUAAGCGAAAGAUAUCCAACAACAAGAAUGUGGAUGACAAGGCGGUGAUGAAGCCGGAGGCCGUGUCCAAGAUAUUAAACGAUGUGAAGGUGAUGCAAGGCCGGCAGGACACCAUGGACUCGCGCUUCUCCGCCAUGAAGCAGGAGAACGAAGUGCUGUGGCGGGAGAUCGCCAGCCUCCGCCAGAAGCACUCGAAGCAGCAACAGAUAGUCAACAAGUUGAUACAGUUCCUCAUUUCGAUCGUGCAGCCUUCAAGGAAUAUGUCUGGAGUGAAGCGGCACAUGCAGCUCAUGAUAAAUGACACGCCGGAAAACGUACGCGCGCGAACCACCAGUGAAACUGAGAGCGAUGGGGGCAGUGGCCCUGUAAUACACGAACUCAGCGAGGAGCUGCUCGACGAAGUGAUGAAUCCGUCACCAGUUCCAUACGCCAGCUCUGCUCACCAUGACCAGGAGAGCGCCUCUCCACAGUCCGUUGAGCGUCCACAGUCAAUUAAUUUUGACUACUCCAAUCAGAGCGUUGAGGACUUGCUGCGAACUAAUAAUGGAGGAGGCAAUCUUCUCCAGCUGGGAGCUGGAGGUGCCUCCCCUUUGGCCUCUAGCAUGAGUCAUUCACCGGCUGAACACAUAGCCUACACAGUGACCGAACUCCCGGAUGCCCAUGUCCAGGAUGCGUCCAGCAGUCCUGUGUACUCCGAUGAGCAUAAUGUGCUUACGCCCUUGGUGCGUGAACAGCAACGUGAGGAGAAGCGCCAGCAGCGUCAGCAACUCAAGGAGAAGAACAAACAGCGGCGUCAGGCCGGAGACCAAAUGCUCGCUGCCAACUCCAUCUCAGUCGAAGAAGCCUCGCCCAAGUCUGUGAGCACGCGAUCCCAGCUCAAAACAGAUUUACAGUCCCUUGUGAUGCCGCAGCCGGUUUACAUCAAGACAGAGCCCGAAACCGAUUCUGGACUGCUGGACCUGAUGGAUGGCUCGGACUCGGACUUGUACAAUGUCAACUUUAUCAGCGAAGAUAUGCCGUCGAAUAUAUUUGAGGACUCCUCAAUGCUCUCGACUGGACUGGGAGAGGCUGACAAGCUGAAUCAGCAGCAGACGUUUGGCAAGUCCACAGUUAGCAGCGGAAAGUUUGCCAGCAACUUUGACGUGCCCAUUAGCAGCGGCAGCUCUCUGCAAGACGCAAAUCAGGCAUCUACUUCGAGGGCAGCGGCGGCCACAAAGGCCUCAGCAUCGACAUCAGCCUCAGCCACUGAGGGCGAGGCAGCAGCAGCCACGGCUGUUGCCAAGUAUGCCGGCGAUAACAGUGCUGUUCUGGAGGGGAGCAAUAAUGGUCCUCUGAUGAGGAUAAAUUCAGUGUUAGUAGCUGACAAGCCUUUAUUGGUACCUAGAAGGGCAGGAUAUAAUCCAGAGGCCAUUUCCCCUUCUUACUGUUGCAGUGACGAUGUCCAUGGCCAUUUGGAUAAUGUGCAAGACGAGCUUGAGACCCUCAAGGAUUUGUUGCGUGGCGACGGCGUCUCCAUCGAUCAGAACAUGCUCUUGGGUGCUCUUGCCAGGACAUCCAUUUUGCAGCUGACCGAAGACGACCAGUUGAUAAAGCUUUUCAACGAUUCGGAACUGCUGGACACCUAUGGCCUAUCUUUUCCCACUGACAGCAUGAGCGGUGAGAAGAAAGCUUCGAGUGGUUCAGAAAUUAUGACCUAUCAGCCCAGCCCGUACGACCUAUCGGACAUACUGGACACAGAUGAUAAUGAAAAGAGCCAGGAGCCCAUCAGUCGUCAGUCGUAUCAGACGCAGAGUUCGGUUUUGAAUACACCGCGUCACGAUUUUUAAUUCAGAGAAUUUAGAGUAGACUAGAGUUCCGCAAUAGCUGAUCAGAAAGUGAACAAAAAAUGUGUUUUAAGUUUUCAAUUUGUUGAAUAUCUCUUAUACUUAUUAGUUGAUCUAUAUUUGUAAUCACAUUAAUAUUAAUAUGAAUAUUCAUUGAUGUUUCUGUAUGUGCCUUUUGCACUAUAUAUAUAAUAUAUAGCAUUACCCUUAACCGUAACCCUUAGCCCCACUCUAGUUGUAUAGACUAGAAGAAGAGGUUAAUAUUUACGAGAUAUUCAAUUUUUUAAUCGGUGAAAAGUGGGAGAGCCAACCACGCAUACCCAUGCGUUUCAUGUUGUGUCUUUCCGUUAGAUAAAUUUGUAGUUUUUGCGCUAAACGAAGAUAACGAUUAAAUGUUACUCUGACUUGUAUACAAGGUA